AUGGUCGUGUCGCUGUUCGCCGCGAUAGUGAAUGGACCUGAUGGCAUCCUGCAGAAUGGAGCUGUGGAUGAGAACGUGGCCAAGACCAGCCAGCUCCUGGCAGAGCUCAACUUUGAGGAGGAUGAGGAAGAUACCUAUUACACCAAGGACCUUCCUGUGCAUGCCUGCAGUUACUGUGGGAUCCAUGACCCUGCCUGUGUGGUCUACUGCAACACCAGCAAGAAAUGGUUCUGUAAUGGUCGUGGAAACACCUCAGGCAGCCACAUUGUGAAUCAUCUGGUGAGAGCCAAGUGCAAAGAGGUGACUCUCCAUAAGGAUGGACCUCUAGGAGAGACUGUCUUGGAGUGUUACAACUGUGGAUGUCGUAAUGUGUUCCUGCUUGGCUUCAUCCCAGCCAAGGCUGACUCGGUGGUUGUUCUGCUGUGCAGGCAGCCAUGUGCCAGCCAGAGCAGCUUAAAGGAUAUCAACUGGGACAGCUCCCAGUGGCAGCCUCUCAUCCAGGACCGGUGCUUCCUCUCCUGGCUGGUCAAGAUUCCAUCUGAGCAGGAACAGCUGAGGGCAAGGCAGAUCACAGCUCAGCAGAUCAACAAGCUGGAGGAGCUCUGGAAGGAGAAUCCAUCUGCAACCCUUGAGGACUUGGAAAAACCUGGUGUGGAUGAAGAGCCACAGCAUGUCCUGCUUAGAUAUGAAGAUGCUUAUCAGUACCAAAAUAUCUUUGGUCCUCUAGUCAAGCUUGAGGCAGACUAUGACAAGAAACUCAAGGAGUCUCAGACCCAAGAUAACAUCACAGUCAGAUGGGACCUGGGCUUGAACAAGAAGAGAAUUGCUUAUUUCACUCUGCCAAAGACUGAUUCAGGGGACAUGCGUCUGAUGCAAGGAGAUGAGAUCUGCCUGAGGUACAAAGGAGACCUGGCCCCGCUGUGGAAAGGAAUUGGGCAUGUCAUCAAAGUCCCUGAUAAUUAUGGUGAUGAGAUUGCCAUCGAGCUGAGGAGCAGUGUUGGAGCCCCUGUGGAAGUGACUCACAACUUCCAAGUGGAUUUUGUGUGGAAGUCAACUUCCUUCGACAGAAUGCAGAGUGCUCUGAAGACAUUUGCUGUGGACGAGACCUCUGUGUCUGGGUACAUCUAUCACAAGCUGUUGGGGCAUGAAGUGGAGGAUGUCAUCAUUAAAUGCCAGUUGCCAAAGCGCUUCACAGCACAAGGACUUCCUGAUCUCAACCAUUCUCAGGUUUAUGCUGUGAAAACUGUCCUGCAGCGUCCUCUGAGCCUUAUCCAGGGUCCCCCUGGGACUGGAAAAACAGUGACAUCAGCCACUAUUGUCUAUCAUCUGGCCAGACAGGGCAAUGGGCCUGUGCUGGUGUGUGCUCCCAGUAACAUCGCUGUGGACCAGCUGACCGAGAAGAUCCACCAGACUGGACUCAAAGUGGUUCGUCUGUGUGCCAAGAGUCGGGAGGCCAUCGACUCCCCCGUGUCCUUCUUGGCACUGCACAACCAGAUCAGAAACAUGGACAGCAUGCCAGAGCUUCAGAAGCUGCAGCAGCUCAAGGAUGAGACUGGAGAACUCUCAUCAGCCGAUGAGAAGCGUUACCGAGCACUGAAACGAACUGCAGAGCGUGAACUGCUCAUGAAUGCAGAUGUGAUCUGCUGCACCUGUGUGGGAGCAGGGGACCCAAGGCUUGCCAAGAUGCAGUUCCGCUCCAUCCUGAUCGAUGAGAGCACCCAGGCCACCGAGCCAGAGUGCAUGGUGCCCGUGGUCCUGGGAGCAAAGCAGCUUAUUCUGGUGGGUGACCACUGCCAGCUGGGGCCUGUUGUGAUGUGUAAGAAAGCUGCCAAGGCUGGUCUGUCCCAGUCCCUGUUUGAGAGGCUGGUGGUGCUGGGCAUCCGCCCCAUCCGCCUGCAGGUGCAGUAUCGCAUGCACCCUGCGCUCAGCGCCUUCCCCUCCAACAUCUUCUACGAGGGCUCGCUCCAGAAUGGUGUCACUGCAGCUGAUCGUGUGAAGAAAGGGUUUGAUUUCCAGUGGCCACAGCCUGAUAAGCCAAUGUUCUUCUAUGUGACACAAGGGCAGGAGGAAAUUGCCAGCUCAGGCACCUCUUACUUAAACAGGACGGAAGCUGCCAAUGUGGAGAAGAUAACCACGAAGCUCCUGAAGGCUGGAGCCAAACCAGACCAGAUUGGCAUCAUCACCCCUUAUGAAGGUCAACGAUCCUACCUGGUGCAGUACAUGCAGUUCAGUGGCUCCUUGCACACAAAGCUCUACCAGGAAGUGGAAAUUGCAAGUGUGGAUGCCUUCCAGGGCCGGGAGAAGGACUUUAUUAUCCUCUCAUGUGUGAGGGCCAACGAACACCAGGGAAUUGGCUUCCUGAAUGACCCCAGGAGGCUUAAUGUGGCUCUUACCAGAGCAAGGUAUGGAGUAAUUAUUGUUGGGAACCCCAAAGCCCUGUCUAAGCAGCCACUCUGGAACCACCUCCUGAAUUACUACAAGGAGCAGAAGGUGCUGGUGGAGGGACCACUGAACAACCUCCGGGAGAGCCUCAUGCAGUUCAGCAAGCCCAGGAAACUUGUCAACACCAUCAACCCAGGUGCUCGUUUCAUGACCACUGCCAUGUAUGAUGCACGGGAGGCAAUAAUUCCAGGAUCUGUCUACGACAGGAGCAGCCAAGGGCGCCCAUCCAACAUGUACUUCCAAACCCACGACCAGAUUGGGAUGAUCAGUGCUGGCCCCAGCCACGUCACUGCCAUGAACAUUCCCAUCCCCUUCAACCUGGUGAUGCCUCCAAUGCCCCCACCAGGAUACUUUGGCCAGGCCAACGGACCCGCUGCAGGCCGAGGGGCUCCGAAGGGAAAGACUGGUCGUGGUGGGCGCCAGAAAAACCGAUUUGGGAUCCCUGGAACUAGUCAGUCAAACCUUCCAAAUAGUCAAGCGAGCCAAGAUGUGGUGUCCCAGCCUUUCUCCCAGGGUCCACUGACUCAGGGCUAUAUCUCCAUGAGUCAACCAUCACAGAUGAGUCAGCCUGGGCUCUCCCAGCCAGAAUUAUCACAGGACAGUUACCUUGGUGAUGAGUUUAAAUCCCAGAUUGACGUGGCACUGUCCCAGGACUCAACUUACCAGGGUGAACGUGCAUAUCAACACGGUGGAGUGACGGGACUGUCACAGUAUUAGAGUGUUGAGGAAGAA